CCGUUGCCAGCGAACUGCAAACACACACACAACGAAGAAACAGUGGCGGUCCAGCCAAUCGACGGGUGGCCAAUCUAUUUUGACAGAGCCAUCAAGCAAUUCACAACCCCAUACACAGGCACAUAGAUACAUACAUAUAGACACACACACACACAGACACGUUGAUCGCGGACAAUCACUUGUGCACGUUCGCAAACACGCACGACAAUGGCGUCCACGGGCGCGGAUGCCAGGCUUGACUUUAUCGCCGGCCUCACCGUGGCCCAUUUUUCCCUCUCCGGUCCCAAUGAUCCAGCCCUGAACUACAUGCUGGAGGGCGGUGCUUUGGAGCGGUUCUUUGAUGACGCCGAUGUCCUCUUUCUCAUUGUCCUGCACAACCGUGCAAAGGACCAGAUAUUGGCGAUGACAGAGGUACCGCAGGACGAGGAGCGCCUCAACGCCAUGAUCUUUUACAAGACCAGCCCUCAGCCCAUCAACAUGGAAAACCUUCAUACCAUUGUGCAAGUGGUGACGAUGAGCAACUCGCCGCUGUCUGCCCUUUACCAAAGCUUACACAACGUCUUCUCACCGCUCUUGCUCAAGUCAUCGUCUGCGUGGAGCGGAAAGCUUGACCGCCGGCUGCAGACGCUCAUGUCUGAACUCGACGACUCACUCGAGAAGCGACUUCGCAUGCAAGGGUCCGCCGGGGAGACAAUUUCGUCGUUUGCGGACGAGUAUGCAUAUUGGGGUGACGUCUCAGCUUCAGCCUCAAACCUCAGCGGCAGGGAGCGUGCCCAGUACUUUCAAGACGUGCUGCGGGACACAAAGGACGAUAUGCAGACGCUUGCCUCCACCUCCAUCUACGACCUACAGGAGGUUGCCGAGCGCACACAGGACGUGUUGGAUGACUUGUGGCGCCAGACGCAGCACGACCCGCCGUUCCCCGAGGACAGAAUGCGUCGGCUCAUCGACAUUGCGGGCGUGCACCUGGCCAGCGCCCUGGAAAAGCGCCUGGCACAGGUCGACCUCUGGCAGGACGAGUACCACAAGGUGCGGGAUGUGCUGCAGGCUGGCAUGGCGGUGUGCACGCGGUGGCAGAAUGCCGUUGACGAGCUGACGGGCCAGUUCUGGCGCAGCUACCAGCCCCACCUGUGGACCUCGGGCAAGAUGACCACCAAGGAGCUCUCGGCGCUGGGCACGCGCCUGGAGCACAUCCUCUCCAUCCGCACCACGCACGACCAGAUGCUGUCGCUCCUGUCCAAGGACGAGCAGCUCACCUACGACACGGAUCGCAUGUUUGACGUGUUUUCGCCGAUCAACGCCCUGCACGUGAGCGACUUCACGCAGCACACGUGGGACGCCGCCGUCGCCAGCUACCACAAGUCCCUUGAGCCCGUGGAGGCCGUGGUGGCCACCAAGCUGCGCGCGCAGUUCAAAGAGCUGCAGUCUUCGUCCCAGUCGCUGCAGAUGCACUUCACCAAGUACCGCGAGCUCGUCUCCCGCCCCGCCGUUGCACACGGCCUGCAGUCGGAGCGCGAGAUUCUGCUGAGUCAGCUAAAACAGGAGCUGGAGCGCGUGCGCGCGGCGUUCCAGACGGCAAUCACCAACGAGGACGGCGGCAAGGCCAUGGGCCGGGCCGUGCCCUCGGUUAACACACCCUUGGUUGUGCGCUCCAUCCUCUUCUGCCGGCAGCUGUGGGGGCGACUGAAGUCAGUCGUAUCGGCGUGCGACCCGCUGCUUGUGGACGUGGAGGGCAGCAGCGACCUGGUUGACGCGGCGCUGGAGCUGAUGCAGGAGAUCAAGGCGCACGAGAAGGAGCUCUUCCAGGACUGGGUGCGCGACACGCAGGCGGAGCUGAGCAACGAGGACAUUAUGAUGGAGAGCACGGGUCGCAUCAUGCAGUUUGACAGCCGGGACGGCCACCUGACGGUGCACUACAGCGACCGCCUCAUGGCGCUGCUCAGGGAGGUGCGGCAGCUGCGCGCACUGGGCCUGGUGGUGCCGGCCGACAUUCUCAAGUCGGUCACCACGGCCAAGGCGUUUUACAAGCACGCCGUCAUUCUGAAGCAGGUUGCCCACUUCUACAACAGCAUUGGGCAGCAGAUUCUCGAGCCGCAGUACCUCAUGCUGGAGCGGCACGCGCGCAACCUGGAGGCCGUCAUCAAGCGGCCCGUCAAGAGCCACGGCAGCAGCAGCGGCGGCAGCGGCAGUGGCAGCGUGGAGUGGCAGAACACGGAGGAGCUUGAUGCGUUUAUCACGGAGCUGCAGACGGCUGCGGGCCUGCUGACGCGGGAGAACAGGAAGCUGCGGCGCUACCACGAGCUCUUCAAGGAGAAGACGCUGGAGCUGAUGGGACUGGACCUCCUCAAGCAGCAGAGCAAGUGGAAGGAAGGGUUUGGCUACUUCCGCACCGUGUGUGCGCAGCUCACCGCCCAGGGCUUCUCCUCCGAUGCCAUGCGCCCCUGGCAGCUGCACUGGGACUACCAGCUCUACAAGGCGCUUGACGUGAAGUACCGCUUUGGCCUCGAGCGCUUGCACGAGCGGCUGCCGGAGCUCAAAGUUGAUCUCGUGUUUCGGCAGCAGGCGCUCCAGUUCCGCCCGCCACUGGAGGAGGUGCGCGCCAAGUACUACCGCGAGCUCAAGCGGUUCCUGGUCAUCCCGUCCAAGAUUGGCGGCGUUGGCGGCGGUGGCGGGGACGUGUACAAGCACAUCCUUCACCGCAACGCGCAGGGGUUUGCAGCCGUCUACAAGAAGGCGGAGCAGCUGUUCCAUCGCCUGGCAAAGGUGGUGCACGAGUUCAAGGACUGGGUGGUGAUUGGCUGCGUGGACAUUGAGGCGCUCGCUGCAGAGCACCUGGAGAACGUGGAGGAUUGGGAGGCCAACUUCCGCAUGCUCAAGACAAAAGGUCGCGAGGCAGAGAAACUGCCAAACCAAGUCAAGGUGGACUGCAUCACGGUUGCGACGACGCCAGUCAAGUCUGCGAUUGAUGACCACAUUCAGCGGCUGUUUGACGCACUGGUCAACUCGCUUCGCAAGUCCAUCAUGUCGCACGUGAACAAGAUUGAUGACUUUGUGGAGCAGGGCAUGGCUGCGCUGAGCAUGCGCCCGCAGUCGCUUGCGGAGAUUGGCGAAGCCAACCAGAAGCACGCCGACCUGUCUGCGCAGCGGCCAUACCUCAAGCCCGCGUUUGACACGGCGCACGCGAAGAACAAGCUGCUGCGAAGCGUGGCUGGCAGUGGCAUCGACAUGCAGGCGCUGCAGCAGCGGUGGGACAAGUUUGAGCUCAUGCUGGAGUCUCACGCGCUCAUGAUCAAGGAGCAGGUGGACGUGAUGCGCUCCAGCGUCAACACGCGCGCGGAGGACUUCAAUAACACGGUGGACAAGUUCUGCGCAAAGUGGGAGGCCCUGCGGCCGAAGGAUGCCGACAUUGGCGACCGCGACGCCGCCCUCAAGGCCGUGCAGACAAUCAAGGAGAAGAGGAAGGAGCUGGAGGAGCUUGAAGAACGGGCGACGGAGAUUCGUCAGGAGAGCGACCACUUUGGCGUGGAGGUGGCCGGCCUCGCCGUGCUGGAGGAGGUCAAGGCCAACAUCGAGGCCCUGGAGAGCACGUGGGUGGUGUUUGAGCAGUUUACGUCUGAGCUGGACACCUUUGCGGAGGAGGAGUGGAUCACCUUCCGCGGCAAGACGCACCGCUUUGCCGACUUUCUGGACAAGUGGACGGCGCAGGUGAAGCAGUCCCGUGCCAGCAGCGUCAGCGUGCGCAUCUCGCAGGACCUCGAGCUGUACCGGAACGUGCUUCCGCUGCUCAAGUACGUGCGUGGGGACGCCUUCUCCACCGACCACUGGGUGGAGCUCUUUGGCAUCCUGCAGCUGCCCACGUCCACGCCCGUGGAGUCGCUGCUCUUCCGCGACAUCCUCGGCGCUGCGCAGCACAUGGCCAACAACGUGCCCGCGCUUAAGGACCUGCACUCGCGCGCACAGGGUGAGGUGACCAUCAGGGAGGCCCUGCACGAGGUGGACCUGUGGGGCGCGUCGGCAACGUUCACGCUCUCGUCCUUUGAGGACUGCAACGGGCAGGAGAUUCCGCUCAUCAAGGAGUGGAAGGAGCUCCUGAGCAAGCUCGGCGACAACCAGUCGCUCCUCUCCUCCCUCAAGGACUCGCCCUACUACCCCGCGUUUGCAGACAAGGCGGGCUUGUGGGAGCAGAAGCUGGCUGAGCUGACGGAGGUGCUGGACCGCCUGAAGACCAUUCAGCGCAAGUGGAUCUACCUGGAGCCCAUCUUCGGGCGGGGCGCGCUGCCAAAGGAGCAGGGCCGCUUCCGCAGCGUGGACAGCGACUUCAAGCAGAUUAUGCUGGACGUGAAGCGGGACGACCGCGUGAUGCGCGUGGUCGGCAUCAAAGGGUUCCCUGCCAAGCUGGAAACGAUGAGCGACCAGCUCACGCGCUGCCAGAAGUCGCUCAACGAGUUCCUGGAGCAGAAGCGCUCUGCGUUCCCGCGGUUUUACUUUAUCGGCGACGACGACAUGCUGGAGAUUUUGGGGCAGGCCACGGACCCAACCGUUAUCCAGACGCACCUGAAGAAGCUGUUUGCGGGCAUCCACAAGGUGGGCUUCAGCGAGAAGAAGGACCAGGUGGUGACGAUGAUCAGCCAGGACGGGGAGGUGGUCAAGCUGCAGACGCCGGUCAGCAUCAGCGUGAACGUGGAGUCGUGGCUGAGCGCGCUGGCAGAUGCCAUGAAGGAGGCCCUGGGCAUGAGCCUGUCCCGCUGCGUCGCGGACGAGCAGCCAGACCCCAUGCUGUACUCGUCGCAGGUGCUGUGUGUCGCUGAGCAGAUCAACUUCACGCAGCUGGCAGAGGACGCCAUUGUCAGCAACACGCUGCCGGCCGCCCGCCGCGCGCUGGCCAGCAAGCUCGAGUCGUACACGAGCGCCGACGUGGACACGUCCACGGUGGAAGGGCGCGUGCUGCAGCUGAAGCUCAAGGCGCUCAUCCUGGACGUCAUCCACAUGAUUGAGAUUGUGGACCUGCUGGUCCAGAACCGCGUGACCACGCUGGACAACUGGUACUGGCAGAAGAACCUGCGCUACAGUCUGGAGGACGGCCGGAUGGAAGAGCUGGGACAGACGGACCGGCACGCCACCGUGCGCAUGUGCGACGCCCUCUUCGACUACACGUACGAGUACCAGGGCAACGCCCCCAAGCUGGUGCACACGCCGCUCACGGACAAGUGCUACCUCACCCUCACGCAGGGCAUGCACAUGGGGUUUGGCGGCAACCCUUACGGCCCCGCCGGCACGGGCAAGACGGAGUCUGUCAAGGCGCUGGGCAACGCCAUGGGCAGACAGGUGCUGGUGUUCAACUGCGACGAAGGCAUUGACGUCAAGUCGAUGGGCCGCAUCUUCAUUGGCCUGGUCAAGUGCGGCGCGUGGGGCUGCUUUGACGAGUUCAACCGCCUGGAGGAGGCCGUGCUCUCCGCCGUGUCCAUGCAGAUUCAGGUCAUCCAGGCCGCCCUCAAGUCCGGCCAGCCGCAGGCGGAGCUGCUGGGCCGCACCGUCGACAUCAACCCCAACUCGGGCAUCUUCAUCACGCUCAACCCGGCCGGCAAAGGGUACGGCGGUCGCCAGAAGCUGCCAGACAACCUCAAGCAGCUGUUCAGGCCCGUGGCCAUGUCCCGCCCGGACCUGGAGCUGAUUGCAGAGGUGAUGCUGUUUGCAGAGGGCUUCCGUGCCGCCAAGGACCUGGGCCGCAAGCUCGUCGCCAUCUACAGCAUGGCCAAGGAGCUUCUCUCCCCGCAGCAGCACUACGACUGGGGGCUGCGCGCCCUCAAGACCAUCCUGCGUGGUGCUGGCCACCUGCUUGCCAAGCGCCGCAAGAACGCACAGGCCAACGGUGAUGAUGGUGAUGGCAGUGGUGGUGAUGCUGUGGACAGCAGGGUCGAGGCGUUCUUGCUGGUGCAGGCGCUGCGGGUGAACACGCUGAGCAAGCUGUCCUUUGCGGAUGCCAAGCGCUUUGACGGCCUCAUCUCCAACGUGUUUACCGACGUGAGCCUGGCGGAGAUUGAGUAUCACGAGCUGUCACAGGCGAUUGCCGAGGCGUACGAGGAGCUGGGCCUCGUGCCCACAGAAACACAGACAAAGAAGAUGCUGGAGCUGCACGAGCAGCUGCGCCAGCGCAUGGGUGUUGUCAUUGUUGGGCCCUCUGGUUCCGGAAAGACGAUGGUCUGGCGCGUGUUGCACCACGCCAUGAGCAAGCUUGCCGCCAACCGCAUCAAGACGUAUGUGAUGAACCCCAAGGCCAUGCCUCGGCAGCAGCUGCUUGGCCACAUUGACCCGGACACGCGCGACUGGUACGACGGUGUGCUGACGGCGGCGGCACGGCAGGUGGUGAAGGAGCCACUUGACCAGCACUCGUGGAUUGUGUGCGAUGGCGACAUUGAUCCGGAGUGGAUUGAGUCGCUCAACUCCGUCCUGGAUGACAACCGCUUGCUCACCAUGCCCUCGGGCGAGCGCAUCCAGUUUGGGCCAAACGUCAACUUUGUGUUUGAGACGCACGACCUGUCCUGUGCGUCGCCAGCCACCAUCAGUCGCAUGGGCAUGAUCUUCCUCUCGGACGAGGACACGGACGUGCGGUCCCUGGUGCAGGCGUGGCUGCAGCAACGCACUCCCGCCGACACCGCUGCCCCUGGCGCAGACAGCCAAGAGGGCGAGGAUGGCCUCAACGACAACGACCAGGAGAACAGGCGUGACAGCAGCAACAAGAAACAAGACAAGAGCGGCAACAGCAACAGCAGUAAGCGGUCUGCCGCCGCGGCCCGUGCCAACAAGAGCCACGUGCGCGUUGUGCCUUUUGCCGACGCAUCACACCGUCUCCUUGUGAGCGACUUCCUGGACGACCAUUUCUACCGCGCGCUGGCGAAAGCGCAGGAGCUGGCGGCAACCGAGUCGCAUGCAGAGCAGGGCCGCGUUGGCAUUGUCUUCAACGCCCUGUCGCAGCUGUCUGGCGCUGACAGCGUGGUUGAGCUUGCCGUGCGGCUCGUUCGUGGUCUCGGCGGCCCGCUCUCCCUGCCUGCGCGCUCGCAGCUGGCCAAGGAGAUGUUUGGGUGGAUUCGCGAGCCGCUGCCAGACCCGCGCCGCCCGCUGGACGCGUAUGUGGACGAGAGCGGGAGCGUUGCCAACUACACGUCGCAGGCGGACGUCGAGCUGACGGUCGAGGACGUGGUGUCAUCACCACUCAUCAUGACGACAGACGUGCAGCGCACACUGGACACGCUCCGCCCCUGGAUGGAGCAGCGCCUGGACUUUAUUCUCGUCGGGCCCGAGGGCGUUGGCAAGUCCAACCUGCUGUUCCAGCUCUUUGCGCAGCAGCAGCGCGCGUCUGUGGCCAUCAUGCACUGCAAUGCGCAGACGACGCCGCAGGAUGUGGUGCAGACCCUGUCGCAGGCGUGCAUGGUGCUGACGACAAACGUGGGCCGCGUGUUCCGCCCCAAGGAAGGGGAGUCGCUCAUCCUGUACAUCAAGGACAUCAACCUGCCCAAGCCGGACAAGUGGGGCACGUCCUUCAUUGUGCAGUUUCUGCAGCAGCUGAUUGCGUACCGCGGGUUUUACGAUGCCAACUUGGACUGGGUGGGCAUUGAGAACGUGCAGAUUGUUGCGUCCAUGAACCCGUCCAGCACCAUGGGCAGGCACCCGCUGUCGACGCGCUUCACCUCCACGGUGAAGAUCCUGUACAUGGACUACAGCGAGGGCGCGCAGAUGCAGGAGGUGUACACCAGCAUGCUGGGGCCCGUGCUGCAUUUCAAGUACCAGGGCAUGGGGCAGUGGACCACGCCGCAGAACGUGUCUCGCCUCGCAGCGUCCAUGGUUGCCGUGUACGAGUUUGCCAAGCGCGAGUUCACGCGCGACACGCAGGGGCAUUACAUCUUCACGCCCGUGUUCCUGACGGAGUGGGCGUUGUCGCUGCUGCGCUAUGACCUCUCUGCCGUGAACCUCCUUGAUGCUUGGGCGUACUCUGCCCAGCUGCUCUUCCGCAACACGCUCAUUGCAGACCACCAGGCCCGCUUCGACAGCUUCCUCUCUGCGCUGCUCCAGCGCGACUGGGGACAUGAUUUGGAGAAGCUCAACAACAGCGUGUUCACCACGUUCAUCCCGGCUGAGGUGCAGACGGCCGGGCAGGGCAAGCCGCUCUCGCUCGUCUCGCUUGACGACUAUGCAGAUAUGCUCAAGACCGGCAUUACGCGGCACAACCGCGAGCACGCCCCGCUCACCCUCAAGCUCUUCCCGGAGAUGAUGCGGCGCAUUGCUGCUGUUGAGAUGGCGGUGUCUGCACCCGGAGGCUCGCUGCUGAUGGCCGGACGCGCUGGCUGCGGCCGCCGCUCCGCCCUCAAGCUCGUCACGUUCAUGAUGACCAUGGAGACGGUGUCGCCAAACGUGGGCCGCAACUACUCGCUGAAGAGCUUCAAGGCGGACCUGAAGCAGGCCAUGCAGCGCGCGGGCGUGGAGGGCGUGGACACGGUGCUGCUGAUUGAAGACUACCAGCUGCUGGAGGCGUCGUACUCCGAGCUGCUCAACUCGCUCAUCAGCACGGGCGACAUCCCUGGCCUGUUCCAGCCGGCGGAGCUGGAGCCCAUGCUGGCCUCGCUCAAGGACGCGGCGGCAGAGGAAGGGUGGCGCAGCGGCAUGUUCCGCUUCUUCACGCAGCGGGUGAAGGACCACCUGCACGUCACCCUCUCCCUCGACUGCAGCCGGGAGGACUUUGCCUUCCUGUGCGAGUCCAACCCGGCGUUUAUCAAGGAGUGCCGCAUGCUGUGGGCGGAGCGGUGGUCGCCGGCGAGCAUGGGUGUCCUGCCGCAGCUGCUGCUGGAGGACCAGGUGCCCGAGGCCGUGCUUGAGGACCCGGAUGUGACGGAGACGCUGGCCACUAUCCACGCGGAUGCCGUGGCGCGCCUUGAUGCAAGCCCACAUGACUUUACGCAAUUCAUCGUCACGUUUGCGCGCCUGUUCCAGAACAAGACGCAGGAGAGCGGCAAGGAAGGGCAGCGGUUCCGGCGCGGCCUGGACAAGCUGCACGAGGCCGGGGCACGCGUGGACGAGCUCAAGGCGCAGGCGUCUGAGCAGCAGGAGGUGCUGGCAGCCAAGCAGGCGGAGGCGAACCAGGCGCUGCAGGACAUCCAGGCAGCGAUGGAGCAGGCCUCGGAGCAGAAGACGCAGGUGGAGCAGCUCAAGCGGCAGCUGGCCGAGGAGGAGGCCAAGCUGAGCCAGCGCAAGAAGGCCAUUGAGGUGGAGCUGAGCAGUAUCGAGCCCAUCCUGGCCGCUGCGCAGAAGGCCGUGGGGUCCAUCAAGUCCGAGGCCCUGACGGAGAUCCGCUCCCUGCGCGCGCCGCCAGACGCCGUGCGCGACAUUCUGCAGGGCGUGCUGAUGCUAAUGGGCAUCUACGACACGAGCUGGAAGUCGAUGAAGUCGUUCCUGGCCAAGCGCGGCGUCAAGGACGAGAUUAUCAACUUUGACCAGCGCAAGAUCACGCCCAGCAUCCGCGAGCAGGUGGAGGCGCUGAUUGAGGACCGGCACGCCUCGUUUGAGGCCGCAAACGCCAAACGCGCCAGCAGGGCUGCGGCGCCGCUCAGCAGCUGGGUGCAGGCAAACUUGAAGUAUGCGGCGGUGCUGGAGAAGGUUGGCCCGCUGGAGGAGGAGAACAAGGAGCUUGAAGCGAGCCUGGCCAAGGCAGAGGCGAAGCUGAAAGCACUCACUGACGACCUGUCGAAGAUUGACGCGCACGUGGCAGAGCUGAGGGAGCGAUUCGAGCGCAACACGACCGAGGGCGCAAAGCUCAAGGUGGAGGUGGACCAGGCGCAGGCCACCAUCAACAGCGCGGAGAUGCUCAUCUCCAAGCUGGACGGCGAAAAGCAGCGGUGGAGCCGCCAGGUUUCCGCGAUUGAGGACGAGGCGCGGCUGCUGCCGCUGGAGGCCAUGCUCUCUGCGGCGUUUGUGACAUACCUGCCGUGCGCGGCGGAGCAGGUGCGGCUGGACCUGACCAACAAGUGGGUGGAGGCGUGUGGCCUCGUGCACGAGAAGCCAACGUACAGCGCGCUCGCUUUCCUGGCCACGGAGAGCAAGCAGCUGGUGUGGCGCUCGGAGGGCCUGCCGUCAGACCAGCUGUCGCUGGAGAACGCGGCGGUGGUGGCCAACACGGCCAAGCCGCUGUUCAUUGUGGACCCUGCGUCCACUGCGCUCUCCUGGCUGCAGGAGCACCUGAAGGACGCGCGCCUGGAGGUGACUGCACAAAAGGACGCCAACUUUGCCACGGCACUGGAGCUUGCCGUGCGCUUUGGCAAGACGCUGCUGGUGCAGGGCGUGUCGCUGGUGGAGCCCAUCAUGUACCCCACCAUCCGGCAGGAGCUCAUUGUUCAGGGCCCGCGCACGUGCGUGUAUGUGGGCGACAAGCUGAUUGACUACAACGAGGACUUUCGGUUGAUUCUGACGACGCAGCGGGCGAGCGCAGAUCUGCCGCCAGACGUGCGCUCGCACCUGUGCGAGAUCAACUUCACCGUGACGCAGGCGGGCCUUGCAGGGCAGCUGCUGGCGCGCACGCUGCGGCACGAGAAGCCCGAGCUUGAGGCGCGCAAGACGGAGCUGCUGAAGAACGAGGAGAGCCUCAAGUUGAAGCUGAACGAGCUGGAGGACAAGUUGUUGAAGGAGCUUGCGGAUGCUGAGGGUAACAUCCUGGAGAACAAGGCGCUGCUUGACUCGCUCAACGAGACCAAGGCCAGCAGCACGGUCAUCUCCACCUCGCUGCAGGAGUCCCAGCAGCUGCAGGAGUCGCUGAACAAGGAGCGUGAUGCGUUUUUGCCGCUUGCCCAGCACGCGAGCACGCUGUUCUUCCUCAUGAAGGGCCUGAGCAACAUCAACCAUAUGUACCAGUUCAGCCUGGCCUCCUUUGUGGGCCUGUUUGAGCGCACGCUUGCGGAGAAGACGGGCGAGGCUGCAGGCUCCCCGGACAUGCGCAUCAAGAUGCUGUGCAGCAAGCUGCAGCAGCUGGUGUACGGGUACGUGUCGCGCUCCCUGUUCAAGCGCGAUCGCCUGACGUUUGCCAUGCACCUUACCCGCGGUAUCUUCCCGGAGGAGUUUGACGAGGACGCCUGGCACGCGCUCACGGCGCCGAUUGGCACUGCCGGUGGCGGUGCUGGCGGCGGAAACGCAGCCAACGCCAGCCCGUCCCGUCGCGCCUCCACAAUGGACCGCACGAGUGGUGGCGGUGGCGGUGGCAUUCCGUCGUGGACGCCGCCAGACCGGGUUGCUGCUGUGCGCAGCGUGCUGGAGGCCGUGCCGUCGCUGGGGCGGUCGGCGCGGCUGGAGGAGGACGCGGCGGUGUGGCGCAACUGGAUGGAGCAGCCCGCGUGCGAGCGAAACUUUCCUUCGCAUGUGGUGCGCAAGGUGCAGCAGCUGCUGCUGGUGAAGGCGCUACGCCCAGACCGCUUGCAGGCGGCGAUGACGGGGCUGGCGUGCCGGUUCCUCGGCCUGGACGACCUCACACCACCAGCAACAAACCUGCAUGCGCUGCACGAGGCCGAGACGACGCCAACAGAGCCCGUGCUCAUGGUUGUGUCCGCUGGUGCUGAUCCGUCGCAGGAGCUGCGGGAGGCGGCGACGCACGUCCUUGGCAGUGCCGACCGCCUGCACGAGGUGGCCAUGGGCCAGGGCCAGGCGGAGGUGGCGGUGACAAAGCUGCGGCAGUGUGCAGCGCGUGGCGAGUGGUUGUGCCUGAAGAACCUGCACUUGGUGACGCACUGGCUGCCGGAGCUUGAGCAAGAGCUGUCGACGCUCAACCCCGACCCGAGCUUCCGGCUGUGGCUGACAACGGAGCCGCACGACCGCUUCAGCCCGAUUCUGUUGCAGAAGAGCCUGAAGGUGACGUUUGAGUCGCCGCCUGGUGUCAAACGCAAUCUGCUGCGCACGUACAGCACGAUUGAGCCUGCCACGCUCAAGGGCGGCUCGUCGCUGUUUGCGCAGGCGCUGUUUCUGCUGGCCUGGUUCCACGCCAUUGUGCAGGAGCGCCGCAACUACAUUCCGCACGGCUGGUGCAAGUUUUACGAGUUCUCGUCCUCCGACCUGCGCGCGUCGAUUGAGGUGCUGAAGCGGUGGUCAUCCGGGACGUUGUCAUCGUCGUCGUCUGUUUCGCCCGCCAACCAAGGUGGGCCCCGCGCCACGCUGUCGACAAGCCCCGCUGCUGGCGGCGACCGGGACUGGGUGACGCUGCACGGGCUCUUCCUCAACGCCCUGUAUGGUGGGCGCGUCGACAACGUGUUUGACGCGCAGGUGCUUGAGACGUACCUGCACGACUACUUUGCGGAUGAGGUGCUGAGUGGGCAGCAGCACACGCUGUCCACCAGUGGCAGCGGCCUCCACGGCGGCGGUGGCGGCGGCAAGCGCGGGCGCCUGGGAGGCAUCAACAUCCCGACGAGCGUGCAUCUGCCAGACUAUGUGCAGGCGAUCCGCAACCUGCCCGACACGGACCAGCCAGAGCUCUUUGGCCUCCCCGCCAACGUGGACAAGACGGUACAGCAGCAAGCGGCGACGGAGCUGCUGACACAGCUGCAGCAGCUUGAGCGUGCGGGCAAGUUGUCUGAGGACUUUGACCGGGAGCGGUGGCGGGAUGCGCUGCAGCCGUUCCUGGCGGCGUGGGAGCGCCUGGUGGACGGGCGGGACCUGCUCAAGGGCGGCGAUGGCGAUGGUGUUGCUGGUGCUGGUGGUCCAGGCAAGGGCAAGGGCAAGGGCCGUGGUGGCGGCAGUGCUGUUGGAGGUGCCGGUGAUGAGGAUGCGCUGACUGCGUUUGUGCGGCUGGAACGGGCGCAGGGCCGUCGCGUGAUUGCCAUGGUGCAGGGCGACCUGCAGGAGCUGCGGGCGGUGCUGCAGGCGCAGUCACUUCUGACGCAGCGGGUGAAUCAGAUUGCGCGCGCGCUGCUGCGCGGAGAGACGCCGGCGGUGUGGCUGAAGCUGUGGGACGGGCCCGAGGUUGCUGCUGUGUGGGUGCGGCAGGUUGUUCGCAAGACGCUGGCGCUGCGCGGGUACGAGGAGAAGGCGAAGACGGGUGCGCUGCUGCACGAGACGCUCGACAUCGGCAACUUCUUCCGACCAGGCACGCUGUUCAAUGCACUGCGGCAGCAGACGGCUGCGGCGUUUGCGUGUUCCAUGGACUCGCUGCGGCUCGUGUGCGAGUGGAACGCGGACAAGAUUGCGAACACGCACGUGUCGUGCCGUGUGCAGGGCUUGCUGAUUCAGGGUUGCAUGUUUGACGGCACGCGCCUGCAUGUGGCUGAGCGCGACUCGCCCACGUUUGCGCCGCUGCCGCACGUGUGUGUUGGCUGGGUGCCUGCGGAUCUGUUGGAUGAGCAGGACGUUGCCAGCCGCACGCUGACUGUUCCCCUCUACGCGGACAACGAACGCCAGAUGCUUGUGACGCGGCUCACGCUGCCGUGCACGAGCCAGAAACGCAAAUGGGUGCAGGCUGGUGUGGCCCUCUUCAUUGCCCAGUAAUUGUGUGAUUGUGUGUGUUGUGUGUGUUGUGU